AGGUUUAAAACAUAACUACAGCAGCAACACAGUUUUCCUACGAGAUUCUGCAAAAUGUUGUUUUUGGUGCGUCUUUUAUUGGGAAAAAUCAUUGUGGAAACCCCGAAAUACGAACUACUUAAAUCUACAAGCAAUUACGAAAUCCGAAAAUAUUUACCAGCUGUGGUAGCCCAAGUUACCUACAAUCCAGCUCAGUUUGAUGGAGAUAAAGAUGGAGGAUUCAAGUUACUAGCCAACUACAUAGGUGUAUUUGGAAACCCUCUCAACAAGGCACCUCAGAAGAUUGCCAUGACAACUCCGGUGAUCACCAAGGCAUCGGAGAAGAUUCAAAUGACAACGCCUGUUGUCACGAAGAGUAGCGGUGGGGAGGACGAGAUUGUCAUGCAGUUUAUCUUGCCUUCGAAGUAUACGAAAGCGGAGGAUGCACCAGAGCCGGUGGAUGAGAGGGUGGUGAUCAGGGAGGAAAGGGAGAGGAAGUUUGGGGUGGUGAAGUUUGGGGGAACUGCGACGGAUGAAGUGGUGGAGGAGAAGGUGAAGGACUUGAAGGAGUGUCUGGAGAAAGAUGGGGUUAGGGUUAUUGGGGAGCAUCUGUUGGCUAGGUUUAAUCCAACAUGGACUAUUGCUAGGUUCAAAACUAAUGAAGUUAUGAUUCCAGUCGAAUGAGCUUUACAUACAAAGUUCUAUCUUUCAAUUUCUCUGCAAUAUUACAAAAUUAUUUCUAUGAUUCA